UGUUCCACACACCUCUUGUUGAAAGUAUCGAUAAAGCAGAACAUUAUAAUAAUUAUUUACAAGUUUGGCGCCGCGGGUGUUUAUGUUUUGCUUAUAUUUUACCGGAAAACAGCAACAUGUCCCACCUAGAUGUUCUUUUUGGAAACUCGGAUGAGUUUGGCAACGAAAAUGACGGUGAAAUCCCAUCCGACGAUGACGGUCCUGUUGAAAAUGAUAAUCCGGACGCGGCUGAAGAUGCUGAUAACGCAGCUGGUACCCAAGUUAAAGUUGAGCCGAAGAAGCGAACUGUGCAGAACCCUCGACUUGUACUGAAUGUUCAACGACUUUGCGGUUCCAGGGGUAUCGUUGAUAUGGAGGGUCAUUUCAAAAGUAUCAAGUUUCGUGGCAAAGGACAUGAACAGGACGAUUUGGACGCGGUUAUGAAACGAAUGCAACACUGGGCGCACCGAAUGUAUCCCAAAUAUAGCUUGGACGACAGCUUGGCAAAGAUUGAAAUUCUGGGCCGGAAGAAACAAGUGCAGUCCUACAUGAACAAAUACCGGAUGGAUUUGCUUGAACCGGAAAUAGUCGCCAAUGAUGAAGACAGGGAUGACGACGGAUUGGCAUAUGAGUCGAACGUUAUGAAUCAACCCUUGGAUCCUUUGGACAGCAUGCUGGAAGAGCAAAUAGCAAUUUCUCGUGCGGGAAAUUUGAACACAUCCGGUGUGGAAAACUUAUCCGUUUCGGAGAGAAAUUUUGAUUUAUUGCGAGAUGACAGUAUAAGCUCACCAGUGUCAACUACUCCAUUAAACACACCCAAAGAUCCAUCGCCUGGAUUGUCGGAUGAAAUUCGAGCUAAGAUAGCAGCAAAUCGGCUGAAAGCAUUAGAAAUUCGAAGGGCAAAAAUGUCUCCUGCUCCUGCGAGGGAAACAGAAGUGGCAGAAGAAAUCAAUACUUCUAGUGCAUAAGAAAAAUUAUUGAAUUACUUUUCGUUUAACCGUAAUAACAAAUUAUAAUCACUAGUUUUACUCAAGAGAGCUGCUGAUUUGUGACAGGUUUAAGUUUGAAGAAGGAAUAAAUCUAUAUUCAGCUCAAA